GGAGAUGUUAAGACAUUGAAGCGACACUAGUCCCUGAAUGGAGCUUGACUGGGGCUUCUACUGGUCAAGGGGCUGAUAUGCGCUGAAGAUGAGUGGCAUAGGAGACAACUCGUUGGAGCCGCUGUGCUCCGACCGCAAACGUAAACUCUCCACCUGUGACACACCAGGCUUAGGGUGUGACAAGCGUCGGAGGGAACAGGAGAGCAAGUACAUCGAGGAACUAGCGGAGCUCAUCUCUGCCAAUCUCUCCAACAUUGACAGCUUCAACGUCAAGCCUGACAAAUGUGCCAUCCUCAAAGAGACUGUGAGACAGAUCAGACAAAUAAAAGAGCAAGGAAAGAGCACUUGCAGUGAUGACGAUGUCCAGAAGGCCGAUGUGUCCUCCACUGGUCAGGGGGUCAUUGACAAGGACCAUCUGGGACCGCUGCUCCUACAGGCCUUGGACGGUUUUCUGUUUGUGGUCAACCGAGAGGGCAACAUUGUGUUUGUGUCCGACAACGUGACGCAGUACCUGCAGUACAAGCAGGAGGAGCUCAUCAACACCAGCGUGUAUAAUAUCAUCCACGAUGAGGACAGGGAGGAGUUUCACAAGAAUCUGCCCAAGUCUAAUGCACCGAACGGGGCAUCGUGGAGCGGAGAGGCACCCCGGCAGAAGAGCCACACCUUCAACUGUCGCAUGCUGGUCAACUUUGGUCACGGUCAAAGUCAUGGGAUGCCAGAAGAGAGGCCGGGUGGCCAGCGCUAUGAGACCAUGCAGUGCUUCGCCCUCACUCAGCCCCGAGCCAUGAUGGAGGAGGGAGAAGAUUUGCAGUCCUGUAUGAUCUGUGUGGCACGACGCAUCAUCCAUGUAGAGAGGACGGAGAGGUUUAGCACUCGCCAUGAACUCACUGGUAAACUGAUUGAGAUUGAGCAGCAGGCCUCUCUAAGCACCACUAUGCGCCCGGGCUGGGAGGACCUGGUGAGGCGCUGCAUGCAGAUGUUCCUCAACCGAAGUGAGGGACAACCGUGGUCCUACAAACGGCACUAUCAAGAUGCUUUCCAUAAUGGUCAUGCGGAGACCCCUCUCUACCGCUUCUCACUCGCUGACGGCACCCCAGUCACAGCCCAGACCAGGAGUGACCUCUGCAGGAAUCCCAGCACCAAUGAACCGCACUCAUACCUCUCCACACAUUUGCUACAAAGGGAGCAAAAUGGUUAUCGAGCCAACCAGGGAGCAGGUAUAAGGCCUCAGACCAUGCCUGUGAACAACCCCAACCAACAGAUGAACAUGAGCCCAGCGGGGGGCAUGAACAGAGGCUACGGUAUGGCGGAGCAGAGCACCAUGCCACAGAGGGGAGCGCCGUCGUACACCGGGGGCAACCGCAUGAAUCCCAUGAACCAGAUGAAUCCAAUGAGUCCCAUGCAUCAGAUGAACAACAUGGGUCAAAUGAAUCAGAUGAAUUCCUUGCAUUCAAUGAACUCCCCCAUGAAUUCCAUGAACCAAAUGGGGCCUAUGACUCAGAUGGGCCACCACAGUAUGCUUCAACAGCAGCAGCAGCAGCAGCAGCAGCAACAGCAGCAGCAGCAGCAGCAGCAGCAGCAGAUGAGUCAGUUCCAUGGAGGAGGUGGAGGUGGACCCGGAGGUGGAGGGUACGGGAUGACCAGUCCCCCCCCUGCCAGUCCAGGGAUUAAUGGCCCCCCACACAACGUCAUGGGUUCACCCAGAGUCAGAGGAAGCCCAAAAAUGGGUGCAGGUCCCUUCUCUCCUGGAGGUAUGAACUCUCCCAUGAGCUCCAGUCACCCCGGUAACUCUGGAGGAGGAUUAGGAAGCACCACCUUCUCCAGUAGCUCCUUGAACGCCCUCCAAGCCAUCAGUGAGGGAGUGGGCAACCCGAUGCCUUCCCCCCUCACCUCUCCUCCCCCUCACAGACCUGACAGCUCCCCGAGCAUCAACUCCACCAAUCAGGCAGCUGGAGGGCCGUGUAAACCCAGCCUUCCGGCCUACUCUGACUCUAAGAGCCCAGGCAGCUUACUGGGGGGUGCAGGAGAGUCUCAGCAGCAUCCGCACACCCCCACCAGCGAGGGGCUGCCCGAAAAGCCCGACAGCCAAGCCAGUAGAGAGGCGGGUCCUCCCGGGGGAGACUCCAACCGACGGGUCCCGGACACCAAGAGCCACAAGAAGCUUCUGCAGCUCCUCACCUCCCCCACGGAUGAGCUGGUGCCACCUAACCACACACCGAGCUCCGGCCCCUGCUCCACGCCCGAGGUUAAAGAAGGAACAGCUGGUGUCACGAGCCCCUCCUCCUCCACGGGAGUGUCCUCCUCCACGGGCGGAAACCAUGGCGCCGUGUCUUCCUCCGGCGCACAUCUUACCAGUCAGUCCCUGCAGGAGAAGCACAAGAUCCUCCACAAGCUCCUGCAGAACGGGAACACUCCUGACGAGGUGGCUCGCAUCACAGCCGAGGCCACUGGGAAGAGCAGUUUGGAGGGCGGGGCAGCUGAGCCGGGGCCCGCCGCUGCAGGGGGGGCAAGAGGACCAGAGUCAAAGCAGGAGCAACACAGCCCGAAGAGGGAGAAGCCCCACGCCCUUCUCCACUACCUCCUCAACAAGGAUGACUCUAAAGAAGGCGGGGAUGUCAAGCCAAAGCUGGAGGAGCUGGAGGGGAGAGUAGCUCAGGGGCCAGGGGUCACAAGCUCGGACCCCCACUGCAUGGAUGGGAAGGUCAAAUUGGAGCCGGCUGAGGUGUCGGAGACACUGGAGACCAUUCUGGGGGUCCCAAGAAACACUUCUAGCUUCUUCUCUGAACCGGACUCCAGAGCAGGGAAAGAGGCAGGAAACAAACCAGGAAAUAUGCCGGACAGUUUACAAGAAGGGGUAAGAGGCCCCAUGCCUCCAGCUCAGCGUAGUGCCUAUCAGAGAGCCUUGUCCAUGGAUGCCAAGCCCAUGGGAGGAGAAGGAGCGGUAGGAGGGGGGCUGGCCGGCAGACGAAACCUCCCCUGUCCCACACUGAUCAAGCAGGAGAAGAUGGAUACGCCGAUCCGACCCGGGCCCAUUCCCAACGGCUUUCCAGGGGGCAUGGGUGUGUGUCCGCCACGAGGCAAUCCAACAAGAGGGAUAGGCAGAGGAAUGGGAAUGCCUCAGAGGCCUCCCAUGUCGGCACCAGGCGACUGGGGCAUGCAGAGGUCCAGCGGCAGCCCUGUGGCCGGACCAGGACACCCUGGCAUGGGACGCUCCGGUCCAAUGGGAGGACCCAUGAUCAACCGGUCCAACAGUGUUCCCGGAAAAACCCGCUCUAUGCUGCAGCAGCAACUCAUGGAUAUGGGUACCAAUGAAGCCAGUAUGGGUAUGAGCCCGUUUGGUGCACACGGCCCCACACCUCGGUCCCCGUCCUGGCCGGACUCUGCUAUGGGAAUGGACAGACCAAAGACUAACACAACCAGGGACCAGUUUGGGCACCCCCUGGAGGAGCUGCUAGGGCCUCGGGUCAACAGCGAGGGUCCGAGUGAUGAACGGGCACUUCUGGAUCAGCUGGAUUCUCUGCUCAACACCACUGAUGUUAUUGCUCUGCAGGAGAUUGACCGAGCCCUAGGCAUCCCUGAAAUAGUAGGCCAGAACCACGGACCUGAAGGCCAGGAGCGAGCGCCGGUUCGGCGCCCACAGUCGGAGCCUUUCCCCGGGCGCGAGUCCUCUUUAGGCAUGGACCAAAAACCCAUGUACACCCAGGGCUACCCUGGACCCCCGGGGCCCUCCACUAUGGGCAUGCAGCCCGGUUAUGGUGGCUCCACGAUGCAGGGCCAGUCUCCAGGAAACUUCAACCCCAUGAUGAAUCAAGUGGGCCAGACUGGGGGCUUCCCUAAUAUGGCUGGUGGCAUGGGGGGUAUGGGCAACCCGCGUUCAAACAUGAUGAGGCCUCGCAUGCUGACCGCCACCAAGCCUCUGAGACUGCAGCUGCAGCAGAGACUGCAGGGACAGCAGGUGAUCACGCACGAAAUUCAUUGA